AUUAUUUCUAAAAAUCAGAGAAGAGUUCAAGGUAGGUCCAAACUAAUCACAGGUUUGCUCUUUCUCAAACAAUUAAAUCAAGUUAUGUAAAAUCCCUUUAAUCCAUGAGGUACUCCUACAACUAAUGGUCGCACAAACUUUGUUGAAUAACCUCAUCUAAGAGCUUAACUUGUCAGAGAGAGACACUUAUUUAACAUGGUCUUGGUCACACCCCUAACGUGUUCCCAGGGCAGCACUCAGAAGCAACCUCUCUUUGCAUCCAUGGCUGAAUGGAAAAAGUGCCCGACCAGGAAAAUUCGUCGGUUCGAUUCUUGCUGGAUGCACUUGGAAGGUUCAGUUCAAUCGCUGCUCACAGAAGCACAAGUCCACUUCAUUCUUCCGUCAAAGACUGACUUGAAUGUUAUAUUUGGUUUUUGCACUAGACAGCCAGAUAUAGCAGCCCCAGGAGCUGAUAUAUUAGCAGCAUAUCCUCCAGGUCCAAGCGCAAGAAAUGGAUAAGCAUUCUCAUCUGGAACAUCGAUGACUGCUCCUCGUGCAUCGGGAAUUGUUGCUUUACAAAGAUCGGUCUCUGGCAGCUAUAAGGUUUUCACUCGUUACUACAGAUAUUUUGCUAACUCGGGCGAAUCUCGAAACCACGGUUCAUAUUGUUUAUAUGGGAGAAAAGCAGCAUGAUGAUGUAGAGCUUAUUACAUCUAACCAUCAUGAUUUGCUCUCUUCAGUCCUGGGAAGUAGAGGAGCAUCAGCUGAGUCCAUGAUAUACAGUUAUAGACAUGGUUUCUCAGGUUUCGCUGCCAAGUUAACGGAGUCUCAAGCACGAAGUAUUUCAGAAAUACCAGGUGUGGUUCAAGUUAUCCCGAAUCAUUUCUAUAAGGUGCAAACCACAAGGAGUUGGGCUUACCUUGGCCUCUCGUCUUCCUCCCCCUCGAAUCUCCUACACGAAACAAAACUAGGAGAAGACGUCAUAAUCGGUGUCUUGGAUACAGGUGUAUGGCCAGAGUCCAAAUCUUUCAACGACGAAGGUAUAGGACCGAUUCCAUCAAGGUGGAAAGGUUUUUGUCAAAAGGGUGAACGCUUUGAUCCAGCGAAGAACUGCAAUAAGAAAUUAAUUGGAGCUCGUUUCUUCUUCGAUGGCCUUCAAGCAGCACUUGGAGAACCAUUCAAUUCAUCGAAAUACAACGAAUACUUAUCAGCAAGAGAUGCAGUAGGACAUGGCACACACACAGCCAGUACUGCAGGCGGCUCAUUCGUGCAUAAUGUGUGUGUCAGAGGACUUGCUUAUGGCACUGCUCGUGGGGGGGCGCCUCAUGCUCGUCUGGCCAUGUAUAAAGUUGUUUGGAACGGACUAGGAACGGCUGCUGACAUUCUUAAAGCAUUCGACGAAGCAAUUCAUGACAGGGUCGACGUUUUGUCGUUGUCGCUAGGCUUAACUAUACCUUUAUACCCCGAAAUCGACAAUCGUGAUUUAAUUUACUAUGGCUCAUUUCAUGCUGUUGCAAAUGGAAUAACAGUUGUUUGUUCAGCAGGAAAUUCAGGGCCAGUUGCUCAAACGGUUUUGAAUGUGGCACCCUGGGUUAUAACUGUUGGUGCUAGUACUAUUGACAGAUCAUUUCCCACACCUAUCAUACUAGGAAACAACAAGACCUUGAUGGGUCAAGCAAUGUUCUUCGGCAAAAAUACCGGGUUUGUUGGGUUGAUUUACAAAGAGAGAGCAGUAUUUGAAUUGCCACACCGUUGUGAAUCUCUAUCGUUGAACGAUACUUGGGUAGCUGGCAAGGUAGUGUUGUGCUUCACAUUAACUUAUGGUCAGGCGCUAUCCCCAGCUUUAUCAAAUGUUCUCAUGGCUGGGGGCUUGGGGAUGAUCGUUGCCAGCAAUCCUACUCGAUACCUAUUUGAAUAUGCAGGCAUGCCAUUCAUUUUCGUUAAUUACAAUAUCGGAACGCAGAUACUUGAUUACUUCCGCUCAAACAGGGAUCCAAAGGUUCGACUUAUAGCAUCAAAAACAUACAUAGGCAAACAUGCACCAACCUACGUGGCAUCUUUCUCAUCCCGAGGUCCGAAUUCUCUUAGCCCUGCAAUCCUUAAGCCAGACGUUGUGGCUCCAGGAGCUGAUAUAUUGGCAGCAUAUACUCCAGGGCAAGGUGCAGAAAAUGGAUAUAAGUUUUUAUCUGGAACAUCCAUGGCCGCUCCUCAUGUUUCAGGGAUUGUUGCUUUGCUUAAGUCUUUACAUCCAGACUGGUCUCCAGCUGCUAUAAAGUCGGCACUCGUUACGACAGCCUGGACAGCAGAUACUUAUUCUGGAGAACCAAUUUUGGCAGAGGGAGACAUAACCAGGAUUGCUGAUCCAUUUGAUUUUGGAGGCGGACUUGUUAAUCCCAACAGGGCAAGAGAUCCAGGCCUCGUGUAUGAACUGGGAAUUGAAGAUUAUAUACAGUAUCUCUGUUCCAUGGGUUAUGAUGAAAUUGCGAUCAAUCACCUUACACAAAAAGCUAAAUCUUGUCCAAGAAUGACUACUUCUGUCAUGGAUUUGAAUCUUCCUUCCAUAACCAUUCCCAAUCUUAACAACCCAGUUAAUCUCACGAGAACAGUCACAAAUGUUGGAGCCAUUAGUUCUGAAUAUAAAGCUAUAAUUAAACCUCCUCCAGGGGUUAGUGUAGUGGUUAAACCUGAUUAUUUGAUCUUCAGUCCUAAGAUUAAAAAGAUUUCCUUCACUGUUACUAUCUCUACAACUCAUCAGGUCACCACUAAAUAUUACUUUGGGAGCUUGACCUGGACUGAUGGUUUGCAUAAAGUAAGAAUUCCUUUAUCAGUCAGAAGCGAAUUUUCAGAACUUGUUUGGUGAGAUGGACUGAAUAGUAUUAAGAAAUAAAAAGUAAAAUUCUGUCCAUUGUACCUUCCAGUGUUUAUCCACGAUGCACAUCAAACACGCUCUUAACCUAUUGUCUUACUGUACAAGGCCUUGGACAAAAUCACAUGUUGUACUCUAUUCGAAUUAAAUAUGAAUUAAAUAAGGAGGUUUUUAUGUACAGUUAUGUCGUUGCUCGUUAA